CGAGAGUGUGAGUCCAGUGCUCUAGGCACUGCUCUUUGUCUCGCCCUUCUGUUUAUUUGGUACUGCUACCGUGUUGGAUGCGAACACUCCGCACCUUCGCUCCGCGGCGGUUUCAGCCCCAAGCCACGUGUCGGGGCGGUUCCUGGUGGAGUUCUCGCCUCGGACCUUUCAGCCCGCAGAGGCUUGUUGAAACUCCGUCAAGUCGGCGGGGUUGGAGGAAGUGGAGUUGGCGAGGAAGAACUUAACGGCUUCGCCUACUGCCAGUCGCCCGAGUGCUUCCGUUGUGCCAAACCCGGUGAGAGCCUGAACCAGCGGCUCUACCAUAGCCUGCAGGAGUAUGCCAAGCGCUACACCUGGGCCGGCAUGGGCCGUGUGCACAAGGGCGUACGUGAGCAAGGCCGAUAUCUGCUCUGCAACCGCCCAUCCAUCCAAAAACCUGAGGUCUUCUUCCUGCCGGACCUUCCCUCUGCUCCUUUCUUCUCACGGGAGGCACAGAAGCAUGAUGUGGAGCUCCUGGAGAGAAGUUUCCCGGCACUCCUGGCUGAAUUUGAGAGCAUGUACCGGCUGCCAACCAGUCGGACUGGCUCUUCGCUUCCACUGGGCUGGAAGGCCAACAGCACACCUCGUGGCCAGUGGUGGACCUUCUAUCUGGUGAACCAGGGUACUCCGAUGGUGCUGAACGCCAGGCGCUGUCCACGUGCGUGGAGGGUGCUCGGACAGCUCCGUACCUUUAUUGCGAAUAAUGUGUUUGGAAACGCCUGCUUCUCGGUGCUCACUCCCGGAGCCACCAUCACUGAGCAUUACGGGCCAACCAACGUACGCCUGCGCUGCCACCUUG